UGAAAGCUGAUCCCAGAUCUGAGGGAGAUCCCCGUGUGGACGGUGAAGUCACGUUUGAUUCUCACAGAGAGAGCCAGGAGCGAGACCUGAGGAUCCUCAGGGCUCGAACAUUGGAGAAGAAAGGGGGAUAACUAAAAGUUUGUUUUCUGCACUGGAGAUGAAUUGUCUUACGUGUGUUUACUUUAGUUGGGGUCUCCUCCUGCUUGUAGUUGUGAUCCCCGUGUCUUUGGGAGAAAUGUACACAUCGCUGCUGAACGUGAAGCAGGCGAUCAGUGUUGAACGGAAGCUGAUCGAUUACUUGAGAAUUUACAUUGACCACGAGCUGGAGAGGCUCGAGGACAUCAAACGCUUUUAUGCCAGAGUUUCUGACCUGCACACUCAACUCUACAAAGGCCCGGGGACAGCGAUGGCAAACCCGCUGGUGGCAUUCACCCUGAUCAAGCGGCUGCAUUCAGAGUGGCUGAAUGUUGUCUACAGCAACGAAGCCUUGGAGAACGCACAAGCCCUCAGGUCCAGUUACGAAGAAGAAGAGGCUGACCUGCCUAAGUUGGAGGACCUCCAGGGGGCAGCUAAAGGGCUGAUGAGACUGCAGGAUGUGUACGCGCUCCAAGUUGCGAGUCUCGUCAGGGGCCGUUUCCAGAGAGUUACUGAUGGAAAGCCUAUUGAUAUCUGCAUGCCCACAGUCUCUGUUCCGCUGUCUGGUGAUGACUGCUUUCUGGUUGGAAAGGUGGCCUACGAGCAGGAAGACUACUACCACUCAGUGCAGUGGCUGGAGGAGUCAGUGCGUCUCUUCAGGGGAACACGAGGCGAGUGGAGCCCUGAGAAUGAGGGGACUUUAGAGGAUGCUCUGGAUCACUUGGCCUUUUCUCACUUUAAAACAGGAAACGUCUCCUACGCUCUGAGUCUAUCUCAGGAGUUACUGCAUUACGAUCCAAUGAAUGGAAGAGUUUUGCAGAAUGUUGAGAAAUAUGAAAAGCUACUGGGUGCUGAUAGUCCUCCCAGGGGCACUGGGUUGAGGAGACCCACAUCCAAACAUUUAAGGACCAGGGACACUUACGAGAGACUCUGUCAGACCCAAGGCUCUCAGCCAAUGCAUUUUGAAAACCCCAGACUAUUCUGCGACUACUUCACCAACGACAAUCCUGGGCUGCUUCUGAUGCCAGUAAGACGUGAAGUGCUGAGCCUGCAGCCAUAUGUGGUCCUGUACCACAACUUCAUCACUGACACAGAGGCUGAAGACAUCAAGAGGCUUGCCCAGCCAGGAUUGAGAAGGUCCGUGGUGGCAGCUGGAGAGAAACAAGCAACAGCAGACUAUCGCAUCAGCAAGAGUGCAUGGCUGAAGGACUCAGCACACUCCAUUGUCGGGAAGCUGGACCAGAGGAUCUCCAUGCUCACAGGUCUGAAUGUUCAGCAUCCGUAUGGCGAGUACCUCCAAGUGGUGAAUUAUGGGAUCGGUGGCCAUUAUGAGCCUCACUUUGACCAUGCUACAUCACCUUCGAGUCCUGUGUUCAAGCUGAAAACUGGGAAUCGAGUGGCAACCUUCAUGAUAUAUCUCAGCUCUGUCGAGGCAGGUGGGUCCACAGCUUUCAUCUACGCCAACUUCAGUGCUCCUGUCGUGGAGAGAGCUGCCAUCUUCUGGUGGAAUCUCCACAGAAAUGGUCAAGGAGACGUAGACACCCUGCAUGCUGGCUGCCCUGUGCUUAUUGGGGACAAAUGGGUGGCAAACAAAUGGAUCCAUGAGUAUGGCCAAGAGUUCCAACAUCGCUGCAGCCUGAAUCCUGAAGAGUGAGAGGGGUGGAGCAUUAGCUGGGCCCCUUGGAGUACAAGAGCCAGCCUCUACAAUUGAGAGGCACACUUACAGGCAAAGUGAAUGAGGCAGCCAAAAGAGUGAACACACAGUCAAGGGAGGUGGGAGCCAUGAAGGGGCAGCCUGCAUCUGUGAUUGGAGACCCGGGCCCCAGGGAGCCCGGAGCGUGCAGCAGACACUGCUGCAGUGGACGUGGAUAGCACAACGCCGAGAGGCGGGGUGGAGGAGGAGUGGGGCAGCUGGAAAUCGGCCCCCAGAGGCCACAUGCUCUCUUGCUCCUACUGGCCAGUUCCUGCAGAUGGAGAGAGGCCUCCGUCUUCACACACUGUGCUGGUUUCAGUUAACUGUGCAAGGCUGUUUACCUCCUGCUUGCUUAAAAACUAAAAUCUUAUGCAGCUCUCUUCCCACACUGGGCCCACUCAGGGUCUGUCAUUACAAAUCAGCACAGCUGAACUUUGUGCAGACUCUCAGAACGGUAUUUUACAAUGUGUAGAUGCUGAAUUCACAAAGAUACUAAAUAAAUGUCUCUUCUGGAUAUGGAUAAAAAUUUGAUACUG